GUCACUCCUCUUCAUUCCUUAAGCCGUUUUCGAACAUCAUCCACUUUGCAGGUCUCCACACAACUCUCACUUUUGGCCCAUCAUCCACCCAAUCGCAGCACAUACACAAAUCACGACCAAAUAGAUGCCUGCGCCUCGGAGACACGGCGGGCAUCACCAUCACCGAAGCUUCACGUCGCCUGCUGCUGCGUCCGGCUCGGAUGGCUCGCACACAGUCCUGCUCGGGCUCUUCGUCCUGACGAUGGUCUUUGUCAACGUCUACUUUUUCGUCGUCUUCCGCACUCCAGUCAAUGCUGGCGGCGCAGGACAACUGCCCAUCGACGGCGAGCCAGGCCACCGCGACGCGCUGCACAACGGCCGCGUCGAUCGCCAUCUGGGCGUGAACGAGCCAUCGCACAAGAAACCUGUCAUUCCGCCGCGGAACAACUUCACGCCAGAACAGCCUCCAGCGGAAAACCCAGUCCAACGAAUAAAACCAGAAGGAUUCGUCGGUGGCCCAGCCGUGCCGGGCGAUGACUACGGGUUAUCCGUCCUCGCGGGACGAAUGACUUCGGCCGACCACGACUUUUGCAGCCAGCGCACGCACGUCUGCCCUCGGGGACAAGUCCACAUUGCUGCAGGCUCCGGAAAAGAUCUUGCCUAUGUGUGCGUUGGAGGGCGAGCUGCCAUCAAGGCGACUGGGGAGGCCAAUCGCGGCUUGAACGUGCUGACCAUGAACGAGGACUCGGGUCGCGUUACCGCCAUUCGUCACUUUGACACGUACAGCGAGCCGGAAACUGACUUUGUCGACUUUAUCGAUUCGGUCAACCUGGGCCGCCUCGUGGUCAUUGUGACCCUGGACGACGGCGCCUACCAAUUCAAAAGCGAGGGUCGGCGCGCAGCGCAUGCCAUCGGCAGUUCGCAGGUCGACUCCUUCAACUUCCGAGGGACGUGGGUUGUCAUUGGUCAGAAGGGCCUGUCCGUCGCCACCAAGUACGAGGCCGUGAGCCCUUCCGAGAACUACAAGUGGGGCGCGGACACUACCGUCAACGAGUGUGUUCCUCUGAACGGUAACUUUGCCGCUCAUCAGACCGUUACAAAGGAGCAGUUCUGCGCUACUUACGAAGGAUACAGUGACCUGUGCUCACACGAUCUACCGGCACUCGUGCCUGCCCCGCCAGGAGAGCCCCAAGCAGCCGUCUCCUUCCCGAUUGCGCUCGUGGCUGGAAAUCGACCCCAGUACUUGCUUCGCAGUCUCGCCUCGGUUCUAGCCUUGCCGGGCGUCAACCCAGACAUGAUCACCGUGUUCAUGGACGGCGUCAACCCCGAGCCGAUGGCUCUUUGCAACGUGUUUGGUGUGCGUGCUGUUGCGCACAUGAAGACCAAAAGCACAUCCACCAUGGCCAAGACGUUUCAGAACGCCGACAUGAUUGCUGCGCACUACUUUAUGACCUUGCGGCGCGUCUUUGAGCUCUUUCCCCGCAGCAAGUACGCGCUGAUUGUGGAGGAGGACCUGGAGGUUUCACCCGACUUUCUUUCGUACUUUUCACACACGAUGCCGCUGAUGGAGAUGGAUCCCACCGUGCUCUGUGUGUCUGCGUGGAACGACAAUGGCUACAAGCACGUCUCGCAAGACCCUUCAAUGCUCUACCGCACGGACUUUUUCCCAGGUCUCGGCUGGAUGUUGUCACGCGCACUGUGGAAUGAAAUUAUGCCAAAAUGGCCGCCCUGCUGCUAUGGCUGGAGCUGGGAUCUCUGGUUGCGGGAGGACAGCCAGCGCAAAGGCCGUCAGUGCAUCAUGCCGGACGUUUCACGCACCUUCCACUUUGGCCGACGCGGGCUGAACGUGGACAACGACCACUUUUACAACGCCUACUUUGCCAACCAUAACUUUAACACGGAUCCGAAUGCGGUCUUGCAGCCCAUCACCGAGCUGCUUCCCAGCAAUUACGACGCCGAGAUUGCCCGCUUGCUCCAAAAGGCGACACCCCUUUCUCACGAGCCUGGCGCUACUCCAUGCAAAGACAACUAUGUGCCGAGCGGCGUGAGCGGGAAUGUGUACACGAUUUGGUACAAGCAAAAGGACAGCAAGGACGACAAAAACCUGGCCGCCAUUUGCAGCUGCUUUAAAAUGUGGGAUCUCGGUGUGCGUGGCACCUACAAGGGCGUCUUGCGGUUCUUUUCGAAAGGCAACCACAUUCUCGCGGUUGGAUCGCAAUCUGAAUUUGCGCGCCUGCACAUGCCCUCGGCAAUUCAACCUCUUGCAUUGCGGCCAGAUUAAUGUUCAUGUUUUCUACUCGUUUGAACAAAAUAUUGUGUCUACCAAAACAACUUUCAGUGUGUGUGUGUGUGUGUGUGUGUGUGUGUGUGUGUGUGUGUGUGUGUGUGUGUGUGUGUGUGUGUUGAUUGCUUGUUUUGCUCAUAAAAGUUUGAUUGAUCAAUAACUACAUCAAAA